CAUUAUUGUGGUAUACAGCUAUGGCUUUUCUUACUAGUCACUACUAGACUAAUUGAACACUAUGAGUGGAGGGUAUGGACUAAAGGAAGUGUGUGUGUGUGUGUGUGUGCUUGUUUAGUCAUGUUUGUCUGAAAUAUGAUACUGAUUCUCAUGUCAUUGAUGCAAAAAUAGAUUACAUAUAUAUGAAGGUGUAAAUGAUAUUUUAACUGAUGUGCUACAUUAUGGAUGUAGUAGAUGUGCUGGUUCUUGGGUUUGCAAACUUAGUGGCUGAAGCAAUAUCAAUGGGGUUUGGGGACUUUGUGUCUGCUAGUUCUGAGAAGGAUGUGAUAAUUGAGGAAAGGAGAGUGACAGAAUGGGAUGUCAUGAACCAUAGGGACAAUGAGCAAACAAAAUUGGUCAGACACUAUCAAGCUCUUGGAAUGGACUACAAUGACGCCACCAUGGUUGUGGACAUAUUUACAAAAUACAAUGAUAUUUUGGUGGACCAAAGAAUGGUGGCAGACAAAGGAAUGCUGCCAUCUGACCAAGAAGUGAAGCCUUGGAAGAAUGGCAUAUGCACCUUUGCAUCAUUCAUGCUCUUUGGCUCAACUCCUUUGCUUUCUUUCAUCAUUCUAAUACCAUUUACUGACAGUGACACUGUUAAGCUUGUUAGUGCUUGCUUUGUUUCUGCACUUGCCCUUGCUCUUCUUGGGGUGGCAAAAGCAAAGAUUGCUGGUCAAAACAUCAUGUUCUCUGUGACUAUUACACUUUUCAGUGGUGCCCUAGCUGCGGUUGUUGCUUAUUUAGUAGGAUGGUCGCUUAAGCAUGUGGCAGGACUAGAGGGUUGA